UCGUUUCCUCCCUGUGUGAUCUCGACAGUACUUCUUAACUCUCUCUCAGUCAAGAGUUUCGCAGCAGAGAGAGAGAGAGAGAGAGAGAGCGAAGCUAGAGAACGAGAGGGAGAGCAAUUCCUGAAGCAUGGACGAGAAUUCAGCACUAAUCGAAUCAAUUCUCAGAGAGCAAGAGGAGGAGGAGGCAGAAAGAUAUGGUAAGAAGGUGAACAAUGAGCGGACCCAAAACGGCGACGCUUACGGCUGGCAAACGGUGUCGUAUCAGAAGCGAAACCGAAAAGCCUCGUCCAAGGCACUUCCGGUGGACUCUAACGGUGAUCUCCACAUCGGAGCUUCCUCCGCCUCCGACGUGUUCCGGCCGAUCGAGCUGCAUUCCGAGGAGCGCCGUCGGAAAGCUCUGGAGGCUCAGGCGGCCGCCGCUGCCGGAGAUUCCGCCACCGGCGGAUCGAAGCGGAAUUCCGAUGACGACGAUGAGGAUAGCGAUGCUGAGGUGUCUGGGACUGUGGAAAAUGGCGAGGUGAAGAAGGUGAAGACUAAGAAGCCGAAGAAGCCGAAGGUGACUGUGGCUGAGGCGGCUUCGAAGAUCGACGCAGAUCAUCUUGGCGCUUUUCUCGCUGAUAUUACUGCUUCGUAUGAAAAGCAACAAGACAUACAGCUUAUGCGUUUGGCGGAUUAUUUCGGUCGAGCAUUUGCGUCGGUCAGUUCGGCUCAAUUUCCAUGGUUGAAGACGUUCAAGGAAUCCACUGUGGCAAAGUUGGUUGAUAUCCCUCUUUCUCAUGUAUCUGAAAAUGUUUAUAAGACAUCAGUUGACUGGAUCGGCCACUGCUCUACUGAAGCACUUGGAUCCUUCGUGCUAUGGUCAUUGGACAGCAUUCUUGCUGACCUUGCAAAUCAUCAAGGAGCAGCCAAGGGAUCCAAAAAGGUGGCCCAGCAAGCACCUUCAAAGUCUCAGGUUGCCAUAUUCAUGGUUUUAGCAAUGGUGUUGCGGCGAAAACCUGAUGUAUUGAUUAACUUACUUCCAGUGAUGAAGGAAAGUCCAAAAUAUCAAGGCCAAGAUAAGCUUCCAAUCACAGUGUGGUUGAUUGCACAGGCUUCUCAAGGAGAUCUGGUUGUGGGGUUGUACACAUGGGUUCAUUUUCUCUUGCCUAUAUUGAGUAGCAAGUCAAGUAGUAAUCCGCUGUCUAGAGACUUGAUUUUGCAAUCGGUGGAAAGAAUUUUGUCUUCUCCGAAAGCUCGUCCUAUUCUAUUAAAUGGUGCUGUCAGAAAGGGGGAGCACAUAGUGCCACCAUCAGCCCUUGAUCUGUUGAUGAGAGCUUCUUUUCCUGCACCUUCUGCCCGAGUUAAGGCAACUGAGAGGUUUGAAGCUGUUUAUCCAACCUUGAAAGAGAUUUCCCUUGCUGGUUCCCCGGGUAGCAAAACAAUGAGGCAGGUCACACAGCAGAUAUUGAAAUAUUCAGUUAAAGCUGUUAAAGAAGGCAUCCCUGAUCUGUCUAAGGAAGCAAGUGACAUUUUUAUUUGGUGUUUGACACAAAACCCUGAAUGUUACAGGCAAUGGGACAUGUUUUAUCUGGAGAAUCUUGAUGCAAGUGUUGUUGUGCUGAAAAAGCUAUCUGACGAGUGGAAGGAGCACGCCAGUAAACAUACUUCUCUUGACCCCUUGAGGGAAACCUUAAAGAGUUUCAGGGAAAAGAAUGAUAAAGCAUUGGCAGCAGGAGAUGAUUUUGCCCGCCAUUCACUGUUGAAGGAUGCAGACAAAUAUUGCAAGCUGAUUUUGGGACGAUUAUCUCAAGGGCACGGAUGCAUGAAAAGCAUGGUGCUUGUGUCUGUUGCCCUGGCUGUGGGCGCUGCUAUCAUGUCACAAAACGUACAACCUGAGGACCUCAAGAAACUUGCAGCCAUGUUCAACUUUCCCCCAACUCUGUAAAUGGAGUUACUCACCGGUAUUUUAUGGCAUAGUGUUUAAAUUAUGCCUGGCAUAGGUCAGCUAAAAAAGGGUGGCCCAUAACAGUAUAGGCAGAGGAUGAGUUGAAGUUCAGCGUUUGACCGACUUGUAACAGGUUUCAAGUGGAAGUUAAGGUAUAAGCAGCCGCGAAGCCCAUGUCCGGGUUGCUAUUUCACAGGGUGUUUGGCUUAUCUAGUUUUCAGUGUCAAUGUGUUGAGUGGGUUGUUUUCCUUUGCAAGGGACUAAGUUAUAGUGGCUUGUGUUUUCGGGUUUUCUUGUUAUAUUUUCUCAUAGUCUCUAAUAAGUCUGUUAAAAUGUGGACAUGGAAAAUGGUCAUAAGGUGGAAAUGAAUGAUGGAAUAAGUGCUUGAAAGAAAAA